GAGGUUUCCUUGGCAAAACCUGUAGCAGGCAUCGAGAGAAAGCGCAAACUCAGCAAAUCAGCAUUCCUCAGGCUGAAGAUCCCUGCUGUGACCGACAACAUUAUGUACAACCCUUCUGACAAAGUUGCUCUCCUGAUUGGAAAUUCUGAUUACAAAUCAGAAAUAAAACUGGCGGCCCCGAAGUCUGACGUUCACGAUCUGGCAGAGCAACUUGCCAGCAUGGAUUUCAGGGUCGUGACCUUGUUAAACCUGACCAAACCGGAAAUCGAAAAUGCCGUGAUGGAAUUCAGUAGACUCAUUGGACCGAAUGUUUAUGUUUUGUUUUAUUUCUGUGGACACGGUUUCGAAGAAAAUGGCAUAUCAUUCCUUGUGCCGACAGAUGCCCCAUCAAUGUAUUCUGCAGAGGAAUGUGUCAACGCGUUUUCAGUCUUAGCUAAUUUCAGCGGAAACAGCCUGCUCUCAUUUGCAUGAUAAUCGACAUCUGCAGACGAGCAGGAAAAGUAAAGUCUAAUGCACACCCGUCCCUGUUUGAUCAGAAAGUGAGCAAGGGAAAUACAAUCUACUGUUAUGCAACGAGUCCAGGCUUGGCUGCCUUUGAAGACAAGAACCACGGUCUGUUGCUCUACCAUCUAAAACCACUGAUCUGCAAACCUGUUGGAAUAGAAAAGCUCUUCUCAGAAAUAAAAGAAGAGUUUUUCAAAGUCCCAAAGCAUUCAACGAGGCAGCUACCUGAAUUGAGAUCAAAUCUGUCAGAGCCAAAUCGAUCUUUGACGGACAGAAUUGCAAAGAAAGGAAACACACAGUCAUAUGAUUUGCAAACUCAAAUAUGGAACAGUUACCAUGUGAAACCACCAAAGCAAGUGGUCAGCUUCCCUGAAGUCGGCGUAACCGUGGAGCUGGAUUUCCAGUCUGAAUUCUCUAACCUUCUCAACGUGUUUGUCAUCGUCAUAGAUACAGGCUCCGUGCUGGACUGUGAGGGCACUAUCAGCAACAUCUCACCGCGUAUUUCUCAAUAUGGUGAUACCACGAGAUUCCAGAGGCAGAAUAAAAAUGGAAUGAAGAUAUCUCUGCAAGAUAUUCAGAAAUUAGAGGACAACCUUGUGGUUGACAUCACCAUCACCUUCAUCUACCCGCGGGAUCGCCAGCGCUACUUUCUCACUCAGCGCGUCGACCUUGGCCUUCCUCUCGUCUCCAAGCUGCAGCUAUGGCGACCGUCCACAGCGUUUUAUCCGCCGAGACGUGAGCCCAUGGAACAAGAGGAAUCUGACAGCAUGUGAUGUGGAGAUCAUUCAAACUUGAGGCCAUUUUCUUAUAAUACUGAAGUAAUCAAUGCAGUAAUUUUAAAAUUUAUGUUUUUGUGUAUUUUGUUAUCUCACAAUUGAUACUGUUAGUGUUACAGGUAUUUAAAUUGAAGUUUUGUUAAAGAUUUUCAGUGUAAAUAAAAGAAGUUGGUUUAAGAAUCUGUUGUACUUUCAAAAUUCUGAGUGAUGUAUUUGCUUGAUUAUUCACCGAAUAUUUUGAGAUAUAGUAUUCACAAGCUAUAAUUGUCAGUGUUAUUUUUUGGUUAAGGUUUGCAUGCAACAAGUACAUAUUUGUGUAAGUACUACAGAUAUUCUAUUGAAACUUCACAUAUCUAUUUGGGUCAAUAUAUUUUAAGAUCACCGACAUAUUGGUCUUACCUUCAUCUUACUAGCGAGCCCCUUUUUGUAUGUAUGGAGGGGAUUAAUGGAUUAUUAUAGAAUGAUAGUGUUCUUAAUUUGAAAGAUUCUUGAAUUAUUCUCACAUUAUUGUUAGAUUGAACCUUUGUUGAGAUUUAUUAUUAUUUGUAUGAUUAUUAUUAUGUUUAUUUAAGUCAUAAAAUGUGUAUGUAAAAUGGUUUGUACAAAUUAUGUUGUAAAAAAGUUGAAAAAGGCAUUAUUCAAAUACAAAGUUUGUAUGUUAAAACAAGGAUAAAAAUGGGAUGCAAAGAGGAAAAAGAAAAUACUAUUUUAAAACAUGAAAAUUUCAUAUACAUAUAAUUUACCUCUUGUUUGGAAAUUAAUUUUACCCCGGUAUUAACGUGUAAUGUUAUGUAAUGUAUGUUACAUUUUUGUUGUUAUUUAUCACAAUAAAUGUUUAGCUUGACUA